GAGAAACGGGGAGUCAGAGGCGGACAGAGGGACAAACGAGUGUCGCGUUGACUUAACUAGACCGUUUAUUGUCGCUGUUUGUCCGUGACAGCAGGUUUGGGUUUUACCAGACACUCAGACAUCACCUCCACCGGGAUAUGAGGCUUCUUUAGGGUGGUGUCGAGCUGUCAUUCACCGCUGAGGAAACGCCAGUCUCCGUGUGUUGGUAAAGACUCAGCAGCUGUAGAAGACCCGCCAGACCAUGAACUACGUGGGCCAGUUGGCGGGCCAGGUGUUCGUCCAGGUCAAAGAGCUCUACCGAGGCCUCAAUCCCGCCACGCUCUCUGGCUGCAUUGACGUCAUUGUAGUGAGACAGCCCGAUGGAUCCCUGCAGUGCUCACCUUUCCAUGUCCGCUUCGGCAAGAUGGGAGUCCUCCGCUCCCGAGAGAAAGUGGUGGACAUGGAGAUCAACGGCGAGCCAGUGGAUCUACACAUGAAGCUCGGGGACAAUGGAGAAGCAUUCUUUGUGCAGGAAACAGAAAACGAUCAGGAAGUGGUUCCCUCCUACCUGGCCACCUCUCCCAUCUUGUCAGACGGGGCCAUCAUGAUGAGCUCCUCCCUGAUGGGGAAGAGCUCCGGGCCACCGAUACAGACCCUGGGCUCCGCGGGGACCUUGGGAGAGACUGGCAAUUCCAUGAUGAUGAAGAAGAGAAGGAAAAGGAGGAGGAAGGCCAGGGCAGACAGCGUACGGAGGGAGGAGAGCGGGGAAUACUCGGAGGACGAAGACAUGUUCACUAUAGACAUCAGCUCGGAUGAAAUGGCGGAGAUCGAGAGCAACAGGAGUUCGUCUCGGGAUGUUCUAAGAGAAGAGACCACAACCACUUCAACCAGCGGCUCAUUCAAACAGACAGGCAUCUACACUCGUUCAGAUGGAGAGUGGAGCCCCAUUCAGAGCCCUGGAAACUCUCGUCCUACCUCUCCCAAGAGCGACUCUGAGCUAAUGACCAAGCCAUCAGACACAGACAAUCAGGAUCAAGCCAUGCACUGGGCGUGGGGAGAGCUGCCACAGGCUGCCACGCCGUCCUUCCUCCCAGUGAAACCCGACCCUCCACCAGUUUGCCCAGUGUCCAUCCCAGUGUCUGAGAGCACACACUUCCGUGUGAUAACUCAAGAGACAUCGUCAGAACAGUGCGGACCCUGCUCUGAAAUAUCGGCGCUCAGGCUGCUGAUGCCAGGGGAGACCAGGGAGGAGACAGUGGGGAUGGAGUCAGAGUCCAUGAGGGUGGAGACCCAGACAGGUGGAGGUGUCGCAGCCUGUACGAUAGCUGACAUGGAGGAGACGACUCCUCGGCCACAGGGCAAGACGGACUCUCCGUCCAAGAGAAAAGACAAGAGAAGCCACCAUCUUGGCUCAGAUGGGAUUUAUCUGGAUGACAUCACAGAACUCGAGCCUGAAGUGGCGGCUCUUUAUUUCCCUAAGAGUGACAGUGGUUCGACAGUGAGGAGCAUGUCAGACCCAGGCCUCCACAGCACCAGUCUGUCCCCACAGUCUGUCAGCUCUGGAGGAGACAGCGGAGUGGACAGCUACUGCGACCCCAUGGGUGACAUGCCGUCUAUCGCCAUCUCCUUGUGUGGUGGACUCAAUGAAAACAGGGAGAUCACGAAAGAUCAGUUCCACGAGAAGAUCAUCACAUACCAGCAGUUUGCGGAAAACCCCUCCAUCAUCGACGACCCCAACUUGGUCGUGAAAAUUGGCUCCAAAUACUAUAAUUGGAGCUCUGCGGCUCCACUUAUGCUGGCUAUGCAGGCCUUCCAGAAACCACUGCCAAAGGCUGCAGUGGAGAACAUCAUGAAGGAGAAGAUGCCCAAGAAAGGAGGGCGGUGGUGGUUCUCGUGGCGAGGCAGAAACAGCAGCACCAAAUCGGAUUCAGUGUCUGAGCGUGGGGCCUGUGGCUACGCUGAGCAGGCUGGGAAAAUGUCCAGCAGACAUAAAGAAGAAUCGUCCUCUAGUGAUGAAGACCACAGGGCAGCACUACAGAGCUCUUCCUCCAUCCAAUCAGAGCCAUCAGGGGGUGUGUCUUAUAAGAAAACACUUCGGCUCACGUCAGAGCAGCUGCUCUCUCUCCAGCUGCAGGACGGUCCUAACGAUGCUGUGUUCAGUGUGACCACUCAGUACCAGGGAACCUGUCGCUGUCAGGGCACCAUCUACCUCUGGAACUGGGACGACAAGAUCAUCAUCUCUGACAUAGAUGGAACCAUCACCAGGUCGGACACACUGGGUCACAUCCUGCCCACACUGGGGAAAGACUGGACCCACCAGGGCAUCGCACACCUCUACCACAAAGUCAGCCAAAACGGCUACAAGUUCCUGUACUGUUCAGCUCGAGCUAUCGGCAUGGCUGAUAUGACCAGAGGUUACCUCCACUGGGUCAACGAGAGAGGCACCAUGCUGCCUAUGGGCCCCGUCCUGCUCAGCCCGAGCAGCCUCUUUUCAGCUCUUCACAGGGAGGUGAUUGAGAAGAAACCAGAGAAAUUCAAGGUGGAGUGUCUCAACGAUAUCAAGAACCUCUUCUACCCAAACACACAGCCGUUCUACGCAGCGUUUGGCAACAGACCAACGGAUGUCUAUUCUUAUAAAGAAGUCGGAGUGCCACUGAACAGGAUUUUCACAGUGAACCCUAAAGGCGAGCUGGUGCAGGAGCACGCCAAGACCAACAUCUCAUCUUACGUCCGUCUGGGUGAGGUGGUGGACCACGUGUUCCCCCUGAAGAUGCGAGCCUCCUCCUCAGACUUCCCCUGCUCGGACACAUACAGCCACUUCACCUUCUGGAGGCAGCAGCUCCCCCGGGUGGACCAUCAGGGAACUACACCUCCACAGACUCCCACUCCCAGCAGCUGACUACCUGUGGCCUGCUGAGCACUGACUGACUGAUGGUGUGAUGGUGACAUGUGUGGGUGUGUGAUAUGACUUUGUAGAUGUGUGUAGCAGAUGGAGCACUUUGAGUGCACAGCAGACAGAGAGAUACUGAAAGGGUAAGUUUGGUAUUUUCAACCUGGACCAUAUUUUCUCAUGUUUUUGUGUCUUUGUGACUGAUGAGAGCAGUUUUUAAGAAUGAUUUAGUACUGAGUGAGUCAGUUUAUGUCCACUAAUGGUGCUUGUUUUUGUCACUGACAGGCUCCGAUGAAUAUUAUAAGUGUCUGACAACGAUAUGGAAAGCAUCCCUACAGAGAUGGACCUUUUUGUUAAAGAAUAAGAUCCUUUUUUAAUCAGAAACAGCCCCAAAAUUGCUAUCAUCAAACCCACCAGACUCCAUUUAAAUAAACAGUCAUUUUAGCCUGUAUAGAGGCAACAUAUUUUUAUUUCUACCUUGGUGAAUUUCAGGUUUAUUUCAACCAAAUCAGAGUUGGUGAUUGUUGGAACAGUGGAAAGACAAACCAAGGAAGCUUUUGUUAGUUUUUAUUUUGUUCCUGUCGACAUUGACUGAAGUGUAUUUUACAAUGAUAAAGUUACUGUUAUUUAAAUGGAGUCUGGUGGGUUUGGCGAUUUCGGGACUGUUUCUGAUUCAACAAAAAGGAUCUUACUCCUUAACAAAAGGCAAGGCAUCUUUAUUUGUAUAGCACAUUUCAUGCACCAGGGCAUUUCAAAGUGCAUUACAGAGCAGUGAAAUAUAAAACAUAAUAAAGGAUACAGAAAAGAGUAACAAGAAAAAAUUACAUUUUAAAAUUUAAAUUAAUUACUAAAUGAUUUAUAAAUUAAAAAUGACAAUUGAAAAAUCACCAUUAAAAAUAGCAAAAGUGCUCUGACUCUUGGGGCGGUCAAUACCCCGGCCACAGAUGUCCUCAGGGUCCUAGAAGUUUAAUGUGUCACAAGCAUGUCCGAGAUUUAUUUGUGCGCUGAGUGUGUGUGUGAUUCAUACACAAGCAGCAAGACUUUGAAAUCGAUUCUCUGAGUGACAGGUAACCAGUGUAAGGAUUUUAGAAGCGGCGUAACGUGGUCAUAUUUCCUAGUUUUUGUCCAAACCCUUGCAGCAGCAUUCUGAAUAACCUGAGGUGAAAAAGGUCUAUCUCUGUAGGGAUCCUUUCCAUAACGUUGUCAGACACUUGUAAUAACAAUCUGAGCCUGUCAGUGACAAAAGCAAGUACUUAAGAAGGUUUUUGAAAAAUUGUUAUUCCCAUUAGUCACAAAAUAAAAUAGGGUCCAUGUUGAAAAAUACUGAACUCACUCUUUAAGUGGGUAAAUCAGCUGUGAAUACUCUGAAAACGCACAAGAUGGAUGUAAGCGCACUUUUAUGAUGAGACGGCCUCUGUAGCCUUCUGACUAGAUAUAUGUAUAUGAGAUAUUACAGUCAUUUAUUCAGGCAGCUUAGCACAUGUAUUAUGUUUGAGUGACUGUUGACAUUAUUUAAGUAGCAAGACAUUAUAGGCUGUUUAUGCAGACAGUUGUAUACUCUAUGAAUACACAGUAUACCUAUGGCAUCUGUUCAGAAGUGCAGUGAGCACACGUCAGAGAGCAAGUUACUUCAACUUGUGCCAAAUACUUAAUGUAGAAUUUAUUUUCUUACUUCGAGACUGUUACCGAUCCGCGAUCAGCUGAUAUAUACGUACAUGCAGGGUUAUUUUACUUUAUAGCAACAUGUGUGUGUGUGUGUGUGUGGUCUUUUAUUCUGUUUGGAAGAAAUCAGUUAAAUUGUAUUUCAGAGCACAACGAAUGAAUGAACAUCCACGCAGCUUGAUAUUCUCCUGACUGAGGUACAUUGUAGUUUAGAAUAUUUAUUGUUGAGACAUUUUGACAAAAGAAACAGAAGCACAACAUUUUUAACGGUCAAAAUAAUCAGUUUUCUCUAAAAGAAAUCAAGAGUAUCUGUGAUUAGAGUCGCUGAAUAGUUUUUAUUUUUCUAUUGAAAUCACACGGUGUGCAUGUGUCGUGAUCAGAGUGUCAUAUCUGUGGUGGCCUUCAUGAGACGCCUUUUAAUUUAUCAGUUACACUUCAUGUGAUGAAUCUAUGUGACUGUUUCCACUCUCUGAGAGUCAUGUUUGUUUCCAUAUAUGCCAUUAAAUGUAUUUUAUUUAUUCAUCUGAUCACAUAUUGACUGUCAUCAAGUUACAUUUUUCAUUACUCAUUGGUUCUUUUAUUGUAGCGUUACUGCCAUUCCCUUGUACUAUCCCUUAAAGCAGUCUGGAAACCCUCAUCAGACCAUCCACAGCUUAGAGGCUGAAGUAUUAAAGCAAUGUUCAGCCUUUUUUCUAAGACAUUUGAAAAGUGGUCCUUAUUUCUUACACCACCGCAGAUAACCUGAGUCCAUAUGUGAGCAGGAGCUGACCUGCCUAAUGUAUCAGUGGUCUUACUGUGAACAUCACCACCUGAGUAAGCGUGUAGUUUGUGACAGAGCGUGUGUAUAUAGAUGAUUUAUUAUUCUUUCCAUGAAAGAGCUCAGACAGCAUGAAAGCGUAUUAUCUUUGCCUUAACUGUGAACAACAUGAUCAAUAACUUGUUCAUAUACUCUCCACCCCGUCUCUUGACCAGGUCACUGUUAAAUUGAUGUAAUCAAACUCAAUAAAAAAUGCAUUGGUACAGCA